AUGAGACUCGAGCCUGAACCGUCGACACCUCAGCUCUUUCCAGGAGACCAGGACCUCCAGCUUCCCACCUCGUCGUCUUUGUAUCCAGGGCACCUGUUCCUGUGGCUCUGUUACCUCGUCUUGUCCCAAGCUGGGUUCUCCCCGGGUGCAUCAUCCAUGCUCAUCCAUGCUCUUCCUACCCAUCACUUCUCACACGUUCGUGUCCAAUCUCUCACUCCCACUCUCUCUUACUCUCCCAUUCGAUGGCGGCCCGCCCAAGGUCUCGCAAACAACGCGGCGAAUGGUUGUGUGCCUCCGUCACAGAAGAGCACAAGAGGCGCAAGGCAGUUACCCAAAGAUUCCGUUACUAUUCCUGACAUACAAGCCCGAAGAUCACUUGUUCUGUCUUGGUAUUUCCCCGACCCCGAGUGUGGCCAUGAUGGAUGCUUGGGUCUAGGGGUCGCUUCUGUGAUCGCCUCUGUCCCGGAACAUCAAACAAAGCCCCGUCCUGUCAACAGCCUGCCACAGGUAUUCAGUCAAGCAGUGUUUUGGGGGCGCACAAAGCCCUCGAUAUUAAUGAAGCCUCGAAGCAGUCGCUCCUUGCAAGGUCGUGCCUGGCCUAAGGGGCAUGCAAUGGGCUCCCUGCAGCACGAGGUGGAAAAGGAGUCCGUCGAGCAAGACACUUGUCGAAUUCUACACCAGUCCUUCUCUGCCUGA